AUGGUUAAAUCAUUUCUUGUCGUGAUCGUUGCGUUUUGUUUCAGUGUUUUUAAAGUGGCUGCGAUACCGGAUCCAAAAGACGCAGCGCAUCGUAUUUAUGUAGCCGUAGACGCGAAAAUAAUGGCAGCUGAAAAAAUGAGACAGUUUGGAUUCUUGUACCUUCAACGUAGCAGUGAUGCAGACGUAUACUACACAAAUGAUAAUGUGAGAGCAAUACUAGGUGCUAACGCACCAGCAAUUGCCGAAUUACCAUCUUUAUAUGAUCAAGGUCCUUGGCCAAACCUUUCUCCAGUCGAGGGGCCAGUUCAUUCAAAUAUGAGAGUUGCAGGUCCAAAUGCGAAGGAAAAGGAGGAUCCCAAGACUAACGUAGGGCAUGCAGAACAGAAGAUGCUAAUGGAGUUUGACAAAAUGGUUGAAGGUGUAUUUGGCAGUGAUGGCGAUAAAUUGAAGGAAUGUCCGGCAUUUAUAAUUCUCGGCACCAAAUUGUUUCCGUGCUACAAAGCCGAAAAUGUCGGUUGUGGGCAAUAUUUCAUUGAGAGAACAAAAAAAGUAUUUAAUCAAUGCACCUCGGAGGCCACGAGAGACUCUUUUCUGUAUCUAUACAGUCGUGACAACUCUGACAAUGAUUGGCACAAACAAAGGGACAAUUUUAAACAAAAUGGAAUCAAAAUUAUAUUUGGACCUCAAUGA